UAUGUAUUCCUUGAUCCGCACCACAUGAUAAGUAACUCGUACCCAACCUGUCUCUUUCGUGUGUACUGAAUUUGGAGAACACGUGUUCUGUAGUAAACGAGAUACCAUGGCAGAAAUUGACAAGUGUGAAGGUAUUCCACCAACAUCGGAAGUGUCUGAGUUACCAGAAAUUAAACUUUUUGGGAGAUGGAAUUGCAAUGAUGUUAAUCUUGAUGACUUGUCAUUGCAAGAUUACAUUGCAGUAAAAGAAAAAAAUGCUAAAUAUUUACCUCAUUCCGCGGGUCGUUAUGCUGCUAAACGUUUUCGCAAAGCUCAAUGUCCGAUCGUUGAAAGAUUAACUAAUUCCUUAAUGAUGCAUGGCAGGAAUAAUGGAAAGAAACUUAUGGCAGUUCGUAUCGUAAAACAUGCAUUUGAGAUCAUCCAUCUUUUGACAGGAGAAAAUCCCUUACAGAUUCUUGUAACAGCUAUAAUAAAUUCUGGACCACGUGAAGAUUCUACUCGAAUUGGUAGAGCUGGUACAGUCCGUCGGCAAGCAGUUGAUGUUUCGCCUUUGCGUCGCGUCAAUCAAGCAAUUUGGUUAUUGUGUACUGGAGCUAGAGAGGCAGCAUUUAGAAAUAUUAAAACUAUUGCUGAAUGCUUAGCUGAUGAGCUUAUAAAUGCAGCAAAAGGUUCUUCUAAUUCUUAUGCUAUCAAAAAAAAAGAUGAACUUGAGCGAGUUGCUAAAUCAAACAGAUAAAGUAUUAAAUCUGUUAUCCAACAAUAAAGAUUUUUAAAAACAAAAAAAAA